GAUUUUGACAAUACUGCGAAAUUCGGAGCGUUGCACGUGUUUUUGUUAUUAAGCAAUUGGAAUUUCGAAAGAAGAUAUAAAUUGAAAUAAGGGCGUUCAACAACAGAAAUGGAGGACGUCGACUUUACAGGCGUUAGCCCAUUGGGCCAGGACAGCAGCAGCAGUGCGAAUACAGCGAUGAUAUUGUGCUGCGAAUGUGGCGUCGCCAUACAACCGAAUCCGGCCAAUAUGUGUGUGACUUGUCUGCGGAAUCACGUUGACAUUACGGAGAAUAUACCGAAACAGGCGGUGCUGCAUUUCUGUCGCAACUGCGAGCGUUAUCUGCAGCCGCCAAAUGAAUGGAUACAAGCAUCGCUGGAGUCCCGAGAGCUGCUCGCCGUCUGCCUCAAGAAACUGAAGGGAUUGAAGGAGGUGAAACUUGUGGAUGCGGGUUUCAUUUGGACCGAACAACACUCAAAGCGCAUCAAGGUCAAGCUGACGGUGCAUGGCGAAAUCUCUGGCGGCACAGUGUUGCAGCAGGUCUUCAUCGUGGAGUUCACCGUACAGAAUCAAAUGUGCGACGAUUGUCAUCGCACCGAGGCCAAAGAUUUCUGGCGUUGUUUGGUUCAAGUGCGUCAGCGUGCGGAGAAUAAGAAGACGUUUUACUAUCUGGAACAAUUGGUGCUCAAGUAUAAGGCGCAUGCGGAUACGUUGGGCAUUAAACCGGAGCACGGUGGUCUGGAUUUCUACUAUGUGUCCGAGAAUCAUGCACGUCGCAUGGUGGACUUUCUGAUGACCAUGGUGCCCGCCAAGGUGACGACCUCGAAGCGUCUCAUCUCCCACGAUAUACACAGCAACAACUACAACUACAAGUACAACUGGUCGGUGGAAAUUGCACCCAUCUCCAAGGAUAGCGUAGUGUGUCUGUCCAAGAAACUGCGACAACAGUAUGGCAACAUUUCUCCAGUUUGCCUGGUGAAUCGUGUCUCAAGUAGCAUUCAUUUAAUCGAUCCACUGACGGCACAGAUCGCUGAGAUCACCUCACUGGUCUAUUUCCGGGCACCCUUCGAGGCCAUCUGCAAUCCCAAGCAGCUGAUCGAGUACAUUGUCAUGGAUAUUGAGGUGAUAGCUGAGAAGGAUCGCAAGACUUAUCCUGGUCAGGGUACAGUUAGCUAUAAGCAUGCUCUGUGCGAUAUUUGGGUGGUGCGUGCCUCGGAAUUGGGCAUUGCUGAAAGUAAUAUACACACACGCUCCCAUUUGGGGCAUCUCCUCAAAGUGGGCGACUCCGUGAUGGGCUACAACACCGGCGAGGCGAACAUCAAUGAUGCCGAGUUCGAUAAGCUAUCACAGGAUCUAAUCCCGGAUGUGGUACUAGUGCGUAAACACUAUGAUCGACAGACACGGCUCAGUCAGCGCCUGUGGAAGAUAAAACAUUUGGCGGAUGAGGCAACCGAUGAGCGCAGCAAAUAUGAUUAUCAUGAGUUCCUCGAUGACAUCGAGGAGAAUGUCGAUAUGCGUGGACAGAUCAACAUUUAUCGCGAUAGCAAAAAGACGUUGCCCAUCGAUGUGCAGCCGGAUGUGCCACAGAUUACCCUGGAGGAGAUGCUCGAGGAUCUGACCCUGGAGUGUGCCGAUGAUGAAAUGGGAGAGGCGGAUGCAAAUGGAGAAGGAGGUGGAGUUGGAGUCGGAGACGGGGAAGCGACACAAGAGCCACAAUUAUAAUCUUAAGUCUUUUAUUUCUUUUUUGAAAUUAAUUUAUGUAUUUUACAUGUACAUAUAUUAUGCAUAAUAAUAAAAA